AUGAAUAAAGAUAUAGCCAACAUUGUGGAGCUGCAUCAUUAUGUCAAAUUGGAAGACAUGCUUCACAUGGCAAUCAAAGUGGAAAAACAACUCAAAAGGAAGGAAAAAACCAUUACAUCAUAUUCGAUCAAUCAAUCAUGGAGAUCGAAUCAAACUUUCAAAAAAUCAAAGAAUGAAUCAACAAAUAACAAGGCUGCCCCAACUCAAAAGGAUGAUAAAGCUAAAGCCCAAAGGAGUAACAAUGAUAAAAACAAAGAUGUUUCUACCAAAAAUAGAAAUAUCAAAAGUUUUAAGUGUUUGGGAUUUGGGCAUAUUGCUUCUCAAUGUCCAAACAAAAGGACUCUGGUUGUGAUUGAUGGAGAAGUGCUAACUGAAAGUGAAAGGGAAAGUAGUGAUGAGAUGCCCCCUCUCAAAGAUUGUAGUGAUGUAGAAACACCUGCUAAUGUUGAGUUGCUUGUAUCCUGCAAGGUUUUGAAUUCGCAAGUUAAAGAUAAUGAUGAUGGCGUGCAAGCUCAAAGAGAAAAUAUCUUUCAUACUCGUGCUAUUAUUAAUGGAAAGGGUUACAGUUUGAUAGUUGAAGGAGGUGGCUAUGUGAACGUGGCAAGUAACUUGCUUGUUGAUAAACUGAAAUUGCCAACCAUGAAGCAUCCCCAUCCAUACAGAUUGCAAUGGUUGAACAAUGGAAGUGAAUUGAAGGUGACAAGGCCAGUUAGAUUGAUGUUUAGCAUUGGGCGAUAUAGUGAUGAAGUAAUAUGUGAUGUUAUUCCCAUGCAUGCAAGCCAUAUACUACUUGGUAGGCCAUGGCAAUUUGAUAGAAAGGCACAUCAUGAUGGAUACUUGAAUAGGUAUACUUUUAAGAAAGAUGGGAGAAAGCACAUACUAAUUCCCUUGACACCAAAGCAAGUGAUAGAGGACCAACUGCGAAUCAAGCAAUCCUAUGACAAUAUAUUUCCUGAUGAUUUGCCACCAGGCUUGCCACCAAUUAGAGCUAUUAAGCUCCAAAUUGAUCUUGUUCCUAAAGCUGCAAUUCCCAAUAGACCAACUUAUAGAAGCAAUCUAGAAGAAAAAAAGGAAUUACAAACGCAUGUAGAUGAGAUGUUGGUAAAGGGGUAUAUAAGGGAGACCUUGAGCCCAUGUGCUGUAGUAAUUCUUUUGGUACCUAAAAAGGAUGAUUCUUGGAGGAUAUGUAUUGAUUAUAGAGCUACCAUUAAGAUUACGGCUGUAUUCGAUGCAUUGAGAGAGGCGAAAUUGUUUGCUAACAUUGAUAAGUGCACUUUUUGCAUGGAUGAGAUAAUCUUUCUUGGUUAUAAGCUUAGUUCUAGAGGAAUAAGGGUUCAUGAGGAAAAGAUAGAAGCAAUUAAAGAAUGGCCUAUUCCUAAGAAUGUAAGAGAGAUUGAAUGUGAUGCUUCUGGGAAAGGUAUUGGCCCUGUUUUGAUGCAAGAUAAGAUACCAGUUGCAUGUUUUAGUGAGAAAUUGCAUGGGGCACAGCUGAAUUACUCAACCUAUGACAAAGAAUUAUAUGCCUUGAUGCUUGCUUUGGAAACAUGGCAACACUACUUGCUGCCCAAAGAGUUUGUCAUCCAUACUGAUCAUGAUUCAUUGAGAUAUCUCAAGGGUCAAAGUGGGCUGAAUAAAAGGCAUGCUAAAUGGGUGGAAUUUAUUGAAUCAUUCCCCUAUGUGAUUCAAUAUAAGAAAGGUAAGGAAAACGUGGUUGCUGAUGCAUUAUCUCAGAGAUAUACUCUUAUCUCUACACUUAGUUCCAAGUUAUUAGAUUUUGAACAUAUCGAAGAUUUAUAUGUUAAUGACCAUGAUUUUUCCAAUGGUUUCCAUGCAUGUGAACAUUUGGCCUUUAAGGAUUUUUAUAGACAUGAUGGGUUUCUUUUUAAGAAAGAUUUACAUUCGCGGGUGAAUGCUCUUGAAGAGAUGGGGAAUGAUGUAAGAUCAAAGGCAAAUCCAAUGGACCAUGCACAAGAAGAGGUUCGACCAGGUCAUUAUGAAGGUUUGAAUGAUUUCUCAAUGAUAAAUAAUGGGCCAAUCACAAGAUCCAAGCUAAAAUAA